GGAGCUCCUGGAACCAGCAGUGGAGAGAGAGCCUGGGGGCCCUAAUCUCCCCUGGACCAUGGGACGUCCAGCCAUGCCGCUCCUGAAGGAGCCUCAUCGCCCGCCUCAGGCCCCACUCCCCUGGAUCCUCCCGAGCCUAUUUGCUGCUUUCAACGUGGUGCUGCUGGUCGUUUUCAGUGGCCUCUUCUUCGCAUUCCCUUGCAGGUGGCUGGCCCAGAACGGGGAAUGGGCCUUUCCCGUCAUCACAGGCCUCCUCUUUAUCCUCACCUUCUUCAGUCUCGUUUCACUCAACUUCUCAGACCCUGGCAUCUUGCAUCAAGGCUCCAACGAACAGGGCCCCAUGAUGGUGCAUGUGGUAUGGGUGAACCACAGGGCCUUCCGCCUGCAGUGGUGCCAUAAGUGCUGCUUCCACCGCCCGCCCCGGACCUACCACUGCCCCCAGUGCAACAUCUGUGUGGAGGACUUUGAUCACCACUGCAAGUGGGUCAAUAACUGCAUCGGUCACCGCAACUUUCGCUUCUUUAUGCUGCUCGUCCUGUCACUAUGCCUCUACUCAGGUGCCAUGCUGGUCACCUGUCUGAUCUUCCUGGUGCGCACGACCCACCUGCCCUUCUCCAUGGACAAGGCUAUUGCCAUCGUGGUGGCUGUACCCGCCGCCGGCUUCCUGGUGCCACUCUUCCUGCUGCUGCUCAUCCAGGCCAUGUCGGUGAGCGCGGCCGAGCGCUCCUACGAGGGCAAGUGCCGAUACCUGCAAGGAUACAACCCCUUCGACCACGGCUGUGCCAGCAACUGGUAUUUAACAAUUUGUGCACCGCUGGGACCCAAGUACAUGGCUGAAGCUGUCCGGCUGCAGAGAGUGGUGGGGCCUGAUUGGGUACCCAGGCAGAACGCGCACUUCCCGAUGUGCCCCUCCGCGCUCAGUCCCCCAGACCUCCCUGGGCCUGGGUCUGGCCCCCAGUCCCAACCUCUGGGUCUCGACAAACCAGGGAAGGGGCCCCCAGGGAGUGGUGAGGCUGCAGCCCUCCAGGAGCUCCACGCCAGCCCGGUGCUGCCCCUGCUGCGGGAGGCCCCCAGACGAGGCUCCGCCUACCUCUUGCCCUUUCGCACUGGGAGAUGCCAGGAGCCUCCGCAGCCGAACCUCACCUCUUGAGCCCCUUGUGGAGACCUCUGUGCCCUGCCCUUGCCCACUCGCCUGGCGGGAGUGCUGAGACCCGCCCCCCCCCCAAAGCCCAUUAAAUACCCUUUGCCUAC